AUGUCGAACACACUAGUACCGCACCUGCCGUUCGUCAUUGGGAGUGAAAUUUUUAACGCAGAAGCUUACAGUUGCGUCCAGCUUGUCGGUAUUAUCAUCACUUGGUUUUUGUCGGGGUCAUUAUUGGUGCAAUGUUACGAUUUCUUCUGCGCCGAUCAUUUGAAUGGGGACUUGAAAUUCAUCAAAGUAGCGUUUGGAUAUGCCUCGCCGUUGAUCAGCCUGGUGCGGUCGAUGGCUGUGACUGCGGGUGCUUGGCAAAGCUUAAUAGUUGCAUGGGGAAACCCAACAAUUUUCACUGGCCCUUCCGUGUUUCCCGUCCUUACCGUACCACUCACUGGGAUAGAAGCUUGCAUUGUUCAGUUUUUUUUUGCCUGGCGAAUAUGGACCCUGAAAAGAGGGUUCAAAAUCUAUCGAAUUAUUUCAAGCGUAAUGUGUUUGGUGGCGUUUAUGCAAUUAGCGGCUGCGAUUGUCAGUGCCCGUGGAGCAGCUGUACGUGGUUCAUAA